AUGACAGGGACACAACGUUUCGGACACAGCUUCAAAAAAGAGGUUCAAAAUAAGACGGCAUCUUGUGACUUUGAAGCACUUUGGAUGGACGAUUCCGCAACAGCACACGAUCGUCGUGGCUUGUGGUCCAUGGUGAAAGAAGGUUACGAAGGUCUUGUGAAUACAGUGAUCCGUCCUUUAAGGUCCCAAUACGCACCGUCGGAGCUCGGUCCAAAGCGUGCACAAUUUGGAAAUGUUUCAGUGCAACGUGUAGAUCUAAAGCUCAAGAACCCGGCGGGUUUCACGCUCGAAUGCAGUUGGUGGAAGUUACGGAAGCCUAAAAAAGGACAAGUACAGGAACAGGACAAGCGACCGUGCAUUGUGGUGCUCCAUGGGAACAGUUCCUGCCGGCUUGGAGCUCUAGAGAUUGUCAUGUAUGCAUUACCAGCAGGUUUUACGGUGUUUGCACUGGAUUUCUCGGGCUCUGGACUGUCGGAAGGCAAGUACGUGUCGCUCGGGUUCCAUGAGCAAACGGACAUUGCUAUGGCAGUACAGUAUAUACAAAAUACUGGAGAAGCUUCCAAGUUGUGUCUUUGGGGACGCAGUAUGGGAGCAGUUGCGGCAUUAUUGUAUGCAGAAUCAAAUCCGUCGGUGAGUGCCAUGGUGCUGGACUCGCCGUUUUCAAGCUUACCGAAACUAGCGACUGAAUUGGUGGAAGAUGGAAAGCUUGGCGUACCUAAGAUUGCUGUGAAGCUGGUUAUGAAACUCAUUCAACGGGAUGUCAAGAAGAGAGCCAAGUUUGAUAUGUUCAAGUUAAAGCCCAUUGUUAAAAUUCACAAAUGUGCGGUGCCCGCCUUUUUUGUCGUGGGAUUGCAAGAUGAACUGGUGGGGCCACAUCAUGUUGAGGCGUUGUAUAAACUUCACAAUGGUCCCAAUCAACUGUUUAAGUUCCCUGGAGGUCACAACAGUCCGCGGCCGUUCAACUUCUUUAUCCAAGCAUUGCAGUUCCUGAGAAAUAUGGUUGGGCUGAUGCCGCUGCCAGACGAUCUGUCGACUUUUGAUUUGUCACCAACGCAGCAGCAGCAAGUACAAUCGAGGGAACCGGAUAAAAAGACACCUCCAAAUCGCAAGAAACCAUCACGAGUGUACAAGAAUCCACUGGAGUCAGGCGUUUCAAUUGAGGCUGUGCACAAGAUGUCGGUGAAGGAGCUGAAGCAGUGUAUUGAUCGUGCUGGAUUCAGCGAUGUUACAUGUAUUGAGAAGAAGGACAUGGUGGAUCUCGUUCUCAAGCUUUAUGCUCGCUAUAGACGAUUUAGCAAGCAAGCAACCGAUGACAGGCAGCAGUGCCCCGCAGUACCAGCAUGUGAAGAAGAAGUGAAGGAAACUACGUCAGAUAGUAAAGCGCGUGCAGAAGCAUCUAUCGUGUCAUCACCAUUGACCACUUCUGACGCAAGUGGGGCUACAAAAGCAGAAAUGAGCUCACCUACACCUAAAGGCCGACGCCGUAGCGAAGGUAGUAGGUUUGAUGCAGGUGCAGAAGCAGUAGAUUCAGCGAUUCUGGUUUCUUCGAUGAAGAGUACUGCGUCAAGUAUUCUUUCUGAUGCAGAAUUGGCUCGACGAUUAAGUAUUGACCAUUCUAGUGGCGGAGAGGAUGAUUUAGCCACCGACAAGGUUGCGAAGUAA